AUGUCCGAACGAGCAUCCGAGCUGGUUGCGAUAUACGGCAGCUAUCCAAUGGCAAAGCAGUUCGCGGGCAAUGACCUGACCCCCGACUUACAAGACGAUGAAGCACCCGCUUAUGACGCUGCUUUCGACCCUGACCCGACCUUGAAGCGGCACGCUGCUUGUGAUGAAUGUAGUAUGACUCAAUAUUCAACCCUAGUCUUCCUCCUCAUUGACAUAGAAUCUGCAGGAAAGCGCAAACUGAAAUGUUCAGGCGAGCCCACCGGAUGUGGGCGCUGCAUCAAGCAACACCUUGUUUGCCAUUACUCUGUUCAGAAGCAGAUGGGCCGUCCAAGAAAGAGACAGAAGACAGAUCAAGAUCAAUCACAACAUGCGCGAGCAAGGUCUCAAUCUCUUCCGACCCAGUCGCUUCCCGAGCCUGUCAUCGACCCCGAAUUGACCGCAAAGUUCUCCGAAAGAGCAGACUUCGAGAACGUUUGUACCGGACCCGUCGCACAGACCAUCAAGAGAGCGAGCAAUCAGAAUUAUAGUAAUAUGCCCAACACAUUCCCCAACAUGCCAUCAUCACAGACCAGUGCCUCUCGCAGCUCUCGCACACCUCCGUACGAUCAGCCGCAAACUCCCCCGGACGGUGUCCCCAUCUCAAAUAUAUCCUACCCAACCGACGCCACGUUAUGGCCCGAUUUCUCCGAAAUGGCCAUGCUGCCAAUGCCGCUGCAAGACCGCCAAACUAAAGAAAAUAUAAUCCUCUUCGACCCCAGAAAUCCCGAUAACCCCUCCAUCUCCUACGAUGCAGACGCGGACCCAUCCACACUCUUAAAUCUGCCAUCAGUGCCCGAGUGCCCAUGCCUGCCGAAUUCGUACCUCACACUCUCUACGCUUUCCACCCUCUCAGCAUUCCCAGUCUCCAGCGGCACAAUAGACACUCUCCUACAAGCGCACCGCACCACCAAGGCCAGUUUACACUGCGCAGUUUGCCCGCAAAAGUUUCAAUCCGGGUCGCAGAACGUCAUGCUGAACAGCGUGCUGAUCAACGUGAUGGCGGACCACUGGCACAGGGUCCGCAAGGCAACGGCCCAAGACCUUAAAAAAGGCUUUGGGUCCAACCCCGACGCGGUAACAGAUAGAUCUCCUUCAAGUGGCGCCAGCGACAGCAGCGACCGCACCACAAUGAGCGUGCACGAAGAACUUGCCUGGCGCACAUUCGGGCACAACCUGAUCCGGGCACACGUGUUCGGCGACGCACCCAUCCCGCAACCCCCAGACACACCCAGUCCCCGUCCCAGCCUUGCCGCCUCCGCCUCGGCGGUGACGCUUCUCUCCGCACUGUCUACCUUUGAAAGGCGGCAAAAGCAAUGGCACGGCCAGGAGCAAUGGACGGGCGAAUUCCCCAAGCGCUUCUCCACGGACCUGCAGCGGGGCUACACCGUGGGCAUGACGCUCGAGGAAAUUGAGCGGUGCCAUCAGCAAGUACAGCUGGAGAAGGAGGGCAGCCACGGUGGCGGCGACACUGACGCUUUCCUGUGUUUGAAGAUUGUCGACGCAGGAAGGCGCAUUGUCAUGAGCCUUGACACGAAGCCGCCGACGGUAGAAGUUUGA